GCUAUGAUGAACCCCUCUAUUGUCGAAAAAAAGAUGCGUUUCCCACUUCCGCCACCACUGACCUUUCUGCUUCUAAUGCUUUCCAUUCAGUGCUGAAGGAGAGAGUACGUGACUACUCAUCUUGCAUUAAAUAUUCAACAAGUCAACUUCUACAGACAUUUCGACAGUCGUCCAGACUUCCUACUCCCCUCUACUCUCAUCUGCACCACCUUCCCUUCCUUUUCCUCUUCAGUCCCCUAUCUCUCGUACUCCCAAAGCUGGCGGCCGACAAGAUGUCACGACCCGCGACAACAGCAGACACAACUCCCAUCUCCCCCGACCGUUUCGCGGCCGCUCUUGCCGAACUCUCCAUCUCCACCCUCCACCUCAAGCUCCUUGAAAUCCGCAACUCCAUCUCCCAUCUGCGCACGUCCAACAUCCAGCUCCUACCCUUCGCCAUGGGCACCGAGACCGUCGUAGGAGGCGAACCAGGCGUUCCGGACCCCGACUGCGCCGACGCAAUCCGCGAGAACGAAGGCGUCAUCGACCGCAUGAACGAGAGGGUCCUCCUGAUCCGCACCGAGAUCGAAACACGGGGCCUCUCGUGGCGCGAGUUCGACGUGGUCGCUGCCAAAGACGAAGAAGACGAUCCUGCUGCUGCUGCUUCUUCUUCUGGUCCAGAGGCCAACGCGGAACCCCCCACCGCGAAUCACCACGCCCCCGGACGUCCCAACGGCUUGGCCGCUGCCCUGGAAGAGGAGGACCGCAUUGCUACCGGGCGCGGGAGGUCUACGGGAGGAGGGAACACGAGCGAGAGUCGGCAGCGAGAAGACGGCGCGCCGGCGAGGCACCCCGCGUGGAGCGACGGGACUUUCCAAACUGGUGUCAUUCGCAACGGUGUGCUCCUCUACGACGAAGUACCCCGCCAACGACAGGAGGGCGAGGCUCCUAGCGGCGGCAGCGGCGGCAACGUCGGUAGCAAUAACGAUACCGAGGGUUACUCCGUCUCGGCAAGCAACGCUGCUCCUACAGGCGGCACGUUGACCGACGAGCAGUUGCGGGGGGCGGUAGAAGAACAAAUACGUCGGAUGGGAGUUGAUGAUGAUGAUUAUGGCAACGACACGAACCAAGAGGGGGGAUUGCAUUUGUAAUUGACGACUGGUGUUGACUCGCUUUUGCUGGAUUGGGAAAUGGUCGUACUACGGGCAUGAUACCUACUUCAAAGAUUAUGGUGUGUUUACGGCGUUGGGGAGUCCCACGGAGGCAAAGCCAGCGGAUAUGCUAAGCUUAUGGGAUGGCGAGAAGAACGUAAAAUCCCAAGGACAGAAAUUGAGAGCUCUUUAACCACCUCUAGAUGUUCAAGAUUCGAACUACACUCUCCUCUGAUGGCACGAUACUCAACACCAC